GUCUUCAGGACGACAUGUCUCGCCCCAAAAAACAGGCAACGUUAUUCGAGCUCGGGAAGCGACAUGAAGUUAUUCCAGAAAAACCUUCGCCUGUGUCAGCGGCAAGCUCAGAGCCCGUGGCGGCCUCAGUGCCUUGUCCACUAUGCCAGACUGCCAUGGACAAUUUCACUAUGGACAACCGGAUCCGCCAUGUGGAAGAAUGUUUGUCCAUUGCAGCGAUCGGAAAAGACAGCCUACCGAAGCAAAUGUUGCGAUGUGCGGAUCUUCCGGUUUCGAAGCCAGAGGCCCCAGUUCUGAGGGAACUGCAUGCAAUUAAACACGAGACUAACUUGGGCCUUGUGGAUAGCACAGAACCGUCGUUUUCCGACGACAAGCAGCAGAUUGUCAUCAACCCGCGUAUCAAGCGCAGGUCCAGCGGCAAAGUUCCGGAGCCAAAGCGGAAGCGGGACCUCGGCUUGCCACAAAAAGAGAUGCUUCGGUAUGUGAAUUCGCAGCCAACUGUGAAAAGACAGAGGGACACGGCACCGAAACCCGAGGACGUGGGGGAAACGGAAGGCGUAGUGCCGAUGGAGCUUCUCCAGUCUUCUCGCAAAACGGAGAUCCCCGACUUGAAAACAUUGAAAUUCCCCAUAUCUCUGACCAGUGUCUACCGCCUAUCAGUAGAUGCUUUCUGCUACAAGCCCCAUGAGACUAUUCACCAGUAUUUCCUCUCGCACUUUCACUCAGACCACUACGGCGGCAUCACAAAGAAAUGGUGUCGCGAGCGGACCAUCGAUUCGAAAAUCAUUUACUGCUCAGAAAUCACCGCAAGGCUUCUCGGAAUCCGAUACAGCGUCGCCCCCUGCCACGUGUUUUCGAUGGCCAACGACGUGCGCUACAAAAUCCACUCAUUCACCCACAGCAUCGAAAAUGGCGGUGAGACGUCGGACGAAAAAACCCCCGGUGUCUAUGUCACAUGCAUUGAUGCCAACCACUGUCCUGGGGCAGUGAUUUUUCUAUUUGAGGGCGUCUCCAUAGAUGGCAAGUCCACAUUUAGUCUUCACUGCGGCGACUUCCGGGUAAACAGAAGCAUAAUGCUUCACCCCUUGCUCAGGGACUUUCUUGUUGGUGCUGGAAACCGGCUUGAAAAUGUCUAUCUCGAUACCACGUACAUGACCCCCAAAUACAACUUUCCAAAACAGGAGCAGGUCUGUGGUGCUGUGGCAGAUUUGAUCCACGAGUUCUCAAACAACGACGGGCUCGUGAAGGAGGUCUUCGGCAAUUCGUUACAGAGCCGUAUCACGGAUUUUCUUCUGUUGCGGACCAAGGCCAAACCCAAGAAGUACCUCAUACUCGUAGGCACGUAUCUCAUUGGAAAAGAGAAGCUCGCGGUUGCGAUCCUGAAACGGCUUGGAAACUCGCCCAUAUACGUGUCGAAUGUGAACAGCCGCGGAGAUAAGGAACACAUUGUGCGGAGUUACCACGACGAGUACCUUGACUCUGUGCUCACAUGUGACCCCGUGCCCACCUCCGAGCAUGACGUGAUGAUCCACCUUGUGCCGAUGAAAAUUGCUGGCAAUAUCCUGGAGCUUCAUAAGUAUUUCAACCACAACGGAUAUCACAGCCAUUUCGAAAGAUGCAUUGGUCUUCGGCCAACUGGGUGGUCUUUCAAAACACCAGAGAAAGGAGCAGCUAGUCUGGCCCAAACAGAACCACACGCCGAGGAGCCUGUCAAUAUAGACGAUGCUGAAAUGUCACUUCUGUCCACGGCACUACUUCUUCGAAAACAACCCGAGUACACUCAUCUUGAUGUGGUCAAGCAGAACCCGAACACGCGAGCUGGGAAGGUCGACAGUACGACAUACCGGAUAUACUCCAUUACGUACAGCGAACACCUGUCGUUCCGAGAACUCUCGUUUUUUGUGGUGUUUUUUAACAUCCAACACGUGAUUCCCACAGUUAACACGUCUAAUCCAUAUAACGCUCAGGCAAUGGCCGAAAUCAUUCGUCGUUGGGAGACAAUCAGAAGCAUUCUCAUGGGUGGAAGCUCGGAUUUGCCUUCCCGUAUCCGAGAAGAGGUCAAAAGUGUUUCUUUAGCCGACUUCUAGAUUUGCGUUUGCCAUGAAUUUUGAUCUGAACCACAUUUGCAAAAGUUUGAUUAUUCUUAUAAAUUUUUCUAUACACACCUGAUACGAUUAGAAUGCUUUUCAAUCAAGAUGAUGGGCGCAGUGACUGAAGACUCUGUUAGAAGUAUUCGUAUUUUAACCAUAUUGUUACUUCCAUCAAAUAUUCGAAUUGUUGAAUUCCUUUUAGAAGCUCUUUUAUUAUGGAGGUUACUGCUAUUUUAUAUCUUCUAAUAUCCUUUAUGGCUUCUGCUU